GCGCUCCGAGGCGGCCGUGGGAACGACUCAUCCCUUUUCCAGCCGUGGGGCGGGGCUGGGGUCGGGGUCGGGGCCGGUGGGGGCCCUGCCCCCGUCCCCUGGCCUGCCCCCGUCAUGGGCCGCGAUGAUGGCGGCCCUGUACCCGAGCACGGACUUCUCGGGCGCCUCCUCCUCCUCCCUGCCGUCCUCCCCACCCUCUUCUUGGUCGCCGAACAAGGUGAUGGCGCUGAAGGAUGUGCGGGAGGUGAAGGAGGAGAACACCCUGAAUGAGAAGCUUUUCUUGCUGGCGUGCGACAAGGGUGACUAUUAUAUGGUUAAAAAGAUUUUGGAGGAAAACAGUUCAGGUGACUUGAACAUAAAUUGCGUAGAUGUGCUUGGGAGAAAUGCUGUUACCAUAACUAUUGAAAACGAAAACUUGGAUAUACUACAGCUUCUUUUGGACUACGGUUGUCAGAAACUAAUGGAACGGAUUCAGAAUCCUGAGUAUUCAACAACGAUGGAUGUUGCGCCUGUCAUUUUAGCUGCUCAUCGUAACAACUAUGAGAUUCUUACAAUGCUGUUAAAGCAGGAUGUAUCUCUACCCAAGCCCCAUGCAGUUGGCUGUGAAUGCACAUUGUGUUCUGCAAAAAACAAAAAGGACAGCCUCCGACAUUCCAGGUUUCGCCUUGAUAUUUAUCGAUGUUUGGCCAGUCCAGCUCUGAUAAUGUUAACAGAGGAGGAUCCAAUUCUGAGAGCAUUUGAACUUAGUGCUGAUUUAAAAGAACUAAGCCUUGUGGAGGUGGAAUUCAGGAAUGAUUAUGAGGAACUAGCUCGGCAAUGUAAAAUGUUUGCUAAAGAUUUGCUUGCCCAAGCCCGGAAUUCACGCGAAUUGGAGGUGAUCCUAAACCACACAUCUAGUGAUGAGCCGCUUGACAAACGGGGAUUACUAGAAGAAAGGAUGAAUUUAAGUCGUUUAAAACUCGCUAUAAAAUAUAACCAAAAGGAGUUUGUCUCCCAGUCUAACUGCCAGCAGUUUCUGAACACCGUUUGGUUUGGACAGAUGUCAGGUUACCGACGUAAGCCCACCUGUAAGAAGAUAAUGACUGUUUUGACAGUUGGCAUCUUUUGGCCAGUUCUGUCGCUUUGUUAUUUGAUAGCUCCCAAAUCUCAAUUUGGUAGAAUCAUUCACACACCUUUUAUGAAGUUUAUUAUUCAUGGAGCAUCAUAUUUCACGUUCCUGCUGUUACUAAACCUAUACUCUCUUGUCUACAAUGAGGAUAAGAAAAACACAAUGGGGCCAGCCCUUGAAAGAAUAGACUAUCUUCUUAUCCUGUGGAUUAUUGGGAUGAUUUGGUCAGACAUUAAAAGACUCUGGUAUGAAGGGUUGGAAGACUUUUUAGAAGAAUCUCGUAAUCAACUCAGUUUUGUCAUGAAUUCCCUUUAUUUGGCAACCUUUGCCCUCAAAGUGGUUGCUCAUAACAAGUUUCAUGAUUUUGCCGAUCGGAAGGACUGGGAUGCGUUCCAUCCUACACUGGUGGCAGAAGGGCUUUUUGCAUUUGCAAAUGUUCUAAGUUAUCUUAGGCUCUUUUUUAUGUAUACAACCAGCUCUGUCUUGGGUCCAUUACAGAUUUCAAUGGGACAGAUGUUGCAAGAUUUUGGGAAAUUUCUUGGGAUGUUCCUUCUUGUUUUGUUUUCGUUCACAAUUGGACUGACACAACUGUAUGAUAAAGGCUAUACUCCAAAGGAGCAGAAGGACUGUGUCGGCAUCUUCUGUGAACAGCAAAGCAAUGACACCUUUCACUCGUUCAUUGGCACUUGCUUUGCCUUGUUCUGGUAUAUUUUCUCCCUAGCACAUGUGGCCAUCUUUGUCACAAGAUUUAGCUACGGAGAACAGCUGCAGUCCUUUGUUGGAGCUGUCAUUGUGGGCACUUACAACGUGGUGGUUGUGAUCGUGCUUACGAAGUUGCUGGUGGCAAUGCUUCACAAAAGCUUUCAGUUGAUAGCAAAUCAUGAAGACAAAGAAUGGAAGUUUGCUCGAGCAAAGUUGUGGCUUAGCUACUUUGAUGACAAAUGUACAUUACCCCCGCCUUUCAACAUCGUUCCCUCACCGAAGACUAUCUGCUAUAUAAUUAGUAGCCUCAGUAAGUGGAUUUGCUCUCAUACAUCAAAAGGCAGGGUCAAGCGGCAAAACAGUUUAAAGGAAUGGAGAAAUUUGAAACAAAAGAGAGAUGAAAACUACCAAAAAGUGAUGUGCUGUUUAGUGCAUCGUUACUUGACUUCUAUGAGACAGAAGAUGCAAAGUACAGAUCAGGCAACUGUGGAAAAUUUGAAUGAACUGCGCCAAGAUCUGUCAAAAUUCCGAAAUGAAAUAAGGGAUUUACUUGGCUUUCGGACUUCUAAAUAUGCUAUGUUUUAUCCAAGAAAUUAACCAUUUUCUAAAUCAUGCAGUGGCUAAUUUUCAAUAAUAAAUCUGAAAGACUGCAUUUACAUAACUUGCAAUUGAAUGAAUAAGGUAUAUAUUGAAAUAGAGAAUUAUGUAAAAGCCGUUCUUUAAAAUAUUUAUAGCCUAAAUGUAUGUUAUGUAAAAUAUGUAUAUAGAAUUAGUUUUUUAAAACCCUCUGUUAGUGACUUUGCAGGAUCGAAACAAAUUAAGUAGAUAGAUUUUUGUUAGCAUGCAGCUUGGUUUUCUUAUCUGGACAGUGCUUUUAAAUUUUCUUUUUAUGUGCAGAGGAACUGUACUCAUUGCCCAGAAGGUAUUUUCAAAUGAAGAUCAGCAAAUGGGGGCUGAACUAUAGGGUACAUUUGAGAUAUACAAGUCAUGGUUUUUUAAAUCUGUUUUAGGAAUUCACAUAUAGUCCAGUAUUUAUUGUUUAGGAGCAUAGUUUUAUCUCAAAUAAUAUUCUAUAUUUUCUUUUUUAUUUUGUUAUAAUCUCCAGGAACAGAGAAAAAAAGCCCUAAUGAAUAUUAGCAUCUAUAUAUGCCUGUAAAUUUAAAUUCACUUCAGUUUUUAUUAUUGUAGUAUAUUCACUUUUCCACAGUUGUAAUCACUUUAUAUUUUUAAUUUUGCUUUUCUCACGUAACAGUAUUUUAUAUAUACAUUUCCGUGUUUUUGAAUGUUUCUAGAAUUAUAUAGUUUUUGAAAAAUAUAGUUAGCAGACAUUUUCAUUUUGUAGUUACAGAGUAUUUGAUUAUGUUUUUAAGUUUGCGUAACUACUUUUCUAAGGUCAGGCAUUUGGUUGCUUUUAAUUUUUCCCUAUCAUAAUAGUGCUAUAAUUAUUUUUUCUAGUUUGAGUGAAUGUUCACUAGACAUUCCAACCCAAAAUAAGGAUUCAGAAGAUAUUUCUUUAUCAUAUGUGUUAAUAGCCUGUUUUGUUUUUUUAAACAUUGAAAGGAAAGGAUUUGUUUUAUAUUUGGGCUAAGGUUCUUGAGCUGAUCUUCCAAUGUAUUUCCCACAGAAUUUAUCAUAGCUUCUGUAGGAGUGAGUUCAUGCUUAUUUGUGGAUCACUCUUGCUGCUUAUGAUGGAAAGCACUGACUUUUUUUAAAUUGGAGAAUAAAAUACGUAUUUAAAUUUUUUCUGUGUUCGGAUAAGAAAUGUAGUUAAAUUUUUUAACAGACUAGUGCUUGUAUAUUCUUGCAACAUUUCCAGUUAAGAGGGUUUUAGGUAUAUAAUUGUCUUCUUAAUUGAAUGUCAGAUAGUCUUAAGGCUGCAGGGUGCAGGUAGCCCUUGGUCUGUAAGCACCACUGAUCCAGGGAUCAUUGUCUAGAUAUGUUAGUAUUGUGUUUCACCUUGCUUUUUACUUUUUAUUUCUUAAUUUCCAAAUUGCAAGUGUUCCCCCUUUUGGGCAAAUUCUUAUAAAAAUGUUUAUUGUAAAGUUAUAUAUUUUGUCUACGAUGGGAUUAUGCACUUCCCAAAUGGGAUUUUACAUCAGGAUUUUUAGUCAUUCUAAAAAAUACCUAAAUAUUGAAUCAAAAUAUUUAUAGAGUGCCUACUGUAUGCAUGAAUUAUUUAUGAGGUAUAUUUUGAAUGACAGUAUAUUAUAAGAGAAAAGGUGAAUAAAACUUGACAUUAGAUUAUAAA